AUGUCUAUGGAUGACGCCGAGUACACCAUGUCGUUGAGCACCAGCGCUCGAGUCAAGGCUGCCAUUCAGAGUCGGUCGCUGAGCCGGCAAGGAAACUUAAAAGCGGUGCUCCCGCCCUCCACCGGACCACAAGACCCUGUCGCGUCCUACCCCCUCCCCAUUGACUCUGUGCCACUGCAUGCCCGCGAGUCUGCACAACGCGCCCUCCCUCCCUCCUCCGUGCCUGUGCCCCCGCCUUUCGCCAUGUGGUCCAGGACGAAGACGCAGUCCAAGGCGGGCUUCGACAAGGUCUACAACUGGGUCGACAAGGCGGGCGCCCCCGUCAAUCGCUGGACCAACAAGGUCGGCUCCGAGGCCUUCUGGCCCACCACCCUGGACCUCGAGUCGGACAAGGCUGCGAGGAUUCUCAAGACCUUCUGCAAGGAGGGCUUCUACCAAGAAGAAGACCGCCUGUCUGCCGACGGGCCAACGGCAAAGCAGAAAGUGCUGAAGACCAUCCCCGCUGAGAUUAUCAAAAAUGCAGUCGGCCUCUGCAUCUUCACCACCAUGCGCACCGGCAUGUGGGUAUCUGGAUCGGGUGGGUCAGGUGUUCUCGUCGCCCGCAAAGAAGACGGAUCCUGGUCGCCGCCAUCCGGCAUCCAAUUGCAGACCUUGGGCCUAGGCUUCCUCGUCGGCAUAGACAUCUACGACUGCGUCAUCGUCAUCAACAGCGCGAAGGCCUUGGAGGGGUUCAAGGCGGUACGAUGCACCCUCGGCGGAGAACUCAGUGCAACGGCCGGUCCUGUGGGAAUCGGCGGCAGCAUCGACAUGGAGGUCCACAAACUGCCAUCGCCCGUCUACACAUACAUGAAGUCGCGCGGUUUCUAUGCCGGAGUCGAACUUGCUGGCACGGUCGUCAUUGAACGCACAGAUGAGAACGCGCGAUUCUACGGAGAGCCUGUCAGAGCCCAAGAAAUCCUGACCGGAAACGUACACCAUGCUCCCUUCGAGACAAGAAGACUUCUGGAGACCCUGAGGGCAGCUCAAGGAGACACCGAUAUCGACGAAUCACUCAUGCCCAAUGAAGCGUCACCAGGAGAUUUUGAGAUCACGGCUCCAGAAGAGAAAGUCUUUGGUGUGCCAGAGCCUGAGGAUCCAGAUCCGUUUGGUGUGCUCGCCCUGCAGAACGCUGGCUUGGACAUUGUCGAGGCUGGCACGCACAAACGUCCCUCGAGCGAGCAGUUCGAGUUCAAGCCUAGUCCUACUAGUCCGGUAUAUUCAAACUUCCGGAAAAGCAUGGACAACAGGUCGAGCCUGGCUCCCAGCAGACGGUCGAGUUGGCGUAUCAGUACAAUAAGCAGUGUUCUCGGGGGUCGGUCGUCAACGAGUACCAUGGUCGACAUGUGCACUCAGACAGAUAGCGACCUCGAGCCGUCCUCGCCAGUCAAAACGACGCCGCCUGCAUUGCCUCCACGACAGAGUAUGACAAUACGAACGCCUUCACCUCCUCUGGCAGACAUUCCUGAAGCGGCAGCUCAAAGCGCAAUGCCCCAGCCUGAGGAAAUGAAAGACGGUGUCGUGGAAGAGAAGAUCUCGAGCACAACCAGCUCUCCGAGAAAUUCGAAGACUUUGGAUGAUGUGAAGGUUGUCGAUGAUGACGAGAAUGAUGAGGACGAUGAUGAAGAUGAAGACGAAGACGACAGCGAAGACGACGACGAAGAGGAGGAGGUAGUUAUCCAGGAAGUCCACCAAGCUGCAGCGCCGCAAGCCAUCACCCGCGCACGCGUUAUCCAAGUUGCGAAGCCUGUUGCCCCUGUGCUACCAGUGAGGAACCCGUUCCGCAACCGGGCUUCGGUCAUCUCGCAGGCGUCGAACGGAGAUGCCUCAGUCGGUGUCUCGUCGACGACUGAGAAGCGCAGCCCUGUGUCGACACCAUCGCUCAAGCAUAGCAACUCCACGUCCUCCUUGUCCUCUGUGGAAGACAGUCUUCAGCGCGUGAGCAACAAGCUCCAGCCCAAGUAUACAAACGAGGCCGCGCCUGAACAAGCGAGUGAAGAGAAGUUCGAAACCUUCCAUUCGCCCCCGAUUACGCCAAUGCAGCAUAUUCCAGGAGGGUUCGAGUAA